CAUUCACCUGCGCAUCGCUGCACGCCCAUUUUCCAGUAUUCUGCGUUCACAUGCACCUCUGCUUAUACGAUUUGUGGGCCCUUUAAUUGCAGAACAAGCAAAUACUGAGCACAGAAAAAAGGGUUUCAUCCCAGCGCAUCAGUUUCAGGGCAGCUGGCGGGAGUACUGGCUCCACUGUGGCGUUGGCAGCGUUCAUUCCUCACCUGCCUUUUAGGGGCGGGUGGGCAUGAGGCUGUGUAGCGCUGCAGUCAGGAGUUGGGUGUGUAGCAGCUGUGGGACAGAUGAUGCAGUUCAAGAGCUUAAAGCAGAAGUUUGGUGGGAGGAGGGGAAGUGGAGGCACUUCAGCAGGUCGUGAGGAUGCCAUACCAGUGACAAACAAUAGCCGGCAGCCCAGCAGUGGAGCAGCUUCAGUUCUGGACCGCAGGCCCACAGGAAAUGCAGCUCGAGCAAACUCGCAGGGCUCCACAGCCAAUGCAGCAGUGUCGAGCAGGGAGAAGCCCCCAUUGCCAUCCAUGGCAGAGGAGAGCUGUGCAGCGGCCUACGCAGAGCCACUCCCAUCAUUUCGAGAAGUGCCUGCAUCCGAGAAGCAACAGCUAUUUGUGCGAAAACUGCACCUCUGCGCCUACACCUUCAGCUUUACGGACCAGUCUAAAAAUGUCCGAGAGAAGGAGGUCAAGCGGCAAACGUUGCUGGAGCUUGUGGACUUCGUCAACACUGGGUCGGGCAAGUUCACAGAGGCUGUAGCUGAGGACAUCGUCUUCAUGCUGUCCCAAAAUCUCUUCAGAGCGCUGCCAGCAUCGAAGUCGCACGAUGUGGACAACCUAGAUCCAGACGAAGAGGAGCCUGCCUUGGAGCCUGCUUGGCCACAUCUGCAGAUCGUGUACGAGUUCCUGCUGCGCUACGUGGUGUCAAACGACACGGACGCGAAGAGCGCCAAGAAGUACAUCGAUCAGAGCUUUGUGGUGCGGCUGCUGGAGCUGUUUGACAGCGAGGACCCGCGCGAGCGCGAGUACCUGAAGACCAUCCUCCACCGCAUCUACGGCAAGUUCAUGGUUCACCGCCCCUUCAUCCGCAAGGCCAUCAACAACGUGUUCUACCGCUUCAUCUUUGAGACAGAGCAUCACAACGGCAUCGCCGAGCUGCUGGAGAUCCUGGGCUCCAUCAUCAACGGCUUCGCGCUGCCCCUCAAGGAGGAGCACAAGGCGUUCCUGCAGAAGGCGCUGAUGCCGCUGCACAAGCCCAAGGGAUUGGGCAUGUACCAACAGCAGCUCUCCUACUGCGUCACGCAGUUUGUGGAGAAGGACCCCAAGCUGGCAGAGCCGGUGCUCAAGGCCCUGCUCAAGUACUGGCCGGUGACCAACAGCCAGAAGGAGGUGCUCUUCCUGGGCGAGCUCGAGGAGAUCCUGGAGAUGACACAGGCACGCCCAUUCCCUGCGCAGGAGUUUGCAAAGGUGCUGCUGCCCCUCUUUCAUCAGCUGGCCAAGUGCCUCAACAGCUCGCAUUUCCAGGUGGCGGAGAGGUCGUUGUUUUUGUGGAACAACGAGUACAUUGUCAGCCUGGUGGCGCAGCAGAGGACAGCCGUACUGCCGCUCAUAUUCGCGGCCCUGGAACGCAAUGAGAAGCAGCACUGGAACCCCCAGGUGCUGGGCCUCACGAGCAACGUCCGGAAGAUGUUCAGGGACAUGGACGAGGGGCUCUACGAGGAGUGCAGGUUGAGAUACGAGGCCGAGGAGGCUCAGAAGGCGGCGCAGGAGGAGCAGCGGCGGAAGACGUGGCAGCAGCUGGAUGCGGCCGCGCACCGGCAGCUGACGGCCGGCAGCGGCUCCGGCCGGCUCGCGCAGUACGUGGGCCGAUGA